AACCGUUUUACCGUUGAAAAACGUGCUUCGUAACCGGAGAGCGGGUUGUGUUUGUGGCCGUGCUACGUACCCCGCGCAAAAUUCAAUUUUUUAGUUGGCCAAACUGCUACGAAAGCAAGAGGGGUGUGAAAAGUCAGUCCGUGUGUGUGUUGCCGUUCAAAAUUAAUAAAUAACCCGUCGAAAAUCAACGCCAAAUCAAAACAUGUGCAAAAACUAAAUUCGACUGUGUACCACGCACGCGAUAUAACCUAAAAAAAAUUAGUCCGCCCGCACCACGGUGUGCGCCAGUGAAGGUUCGGUGUGCACGUUUGACGCCAUACAUUCAGUGUGCUAUCAACAAAGCGCGUGUCCCUAUUUCAAAUUGUUAUAAAUGAAAAUCGACGUAUAGGCAAAGGUUUUCGAUUGAGUUACCCGCAAUGUCCGCCAAAAAGUCGAAGAAGGACAAAAUUAAGUUCGAAACGGACGCAAAUCAUCACGACGAUAUGACUGUUUUGGUCAAAAAGUCUAAGAAAAAGGCGGUCGUGGAUGAAAGUGAUAACGUAACGAACAGUAAUGAUAAACAGAGCAAGAAGAGGAAGAAAUCUGUGGAGAACAACAACACCGAGAUGGAUGUGCUGAAUGGUGAACUGGUUAAAAAGAAAAAGAAGGACAAAAAGGCCAAGAAACGGGACGAGUCUCCCGCGGAAAACAAUAACGACCGCGAAAAUGGUGUGGUACAUGUUGAAAAGGACAUUAAGAAGGAGCAACUGUAUGAAAAUGAGGACUUGGAUACAGAAGAGGAUAAUAAAUCUGAAGCUGAUAAGAAAAAGGAAGAACCCAUGUGGUCGAAUGAUGACCUGAUGCAGUUAGUUGAGAAAAUGGAAAAAGUGAUACCAGACCAAGAUUCGAUGGCAUUUUCGACGAGAGCCGAAAAAUUACCUUGGGAAAAGAUUGCCUUCAAAGAUUAUUCGAUAGAAGAGUGCAAAAGAACUUGGAACUUAUUGUCGAAGAAAAUUAGGAAGUAUCGACUGUUAAAUGAGGUGUUAAGUGAUGCCAGACAACUGAUACUCCAUCCCCCAUCUACAACAACAAGAGGCAAAACCAAAGCUCACCCAGACAUGCCCAAACGUCCCCUGUCGUCGUACAUGUUGUUUUACCUAAAGAAGAAGGACGAGUACAUGGCUGAGCAUCCAGGCAUUGAACUGACUGAAAUAUCCAAGGGACUCGCAUUAAUUUUCAAGAACCUCCCACCAGAAACGAAGGCGGAGUACGAGCAGUUAGCCGCCAAGGGCAGGGAGGAAUACGACAUUAAACUUAAGGAGUUUUAUAGGACUCACCCAGAGUUUGAGCAGAAGGUGAACCAGCAGAAAUUGGCCAAACAACGGGUACCAAAGAAGCCGCCCGCGCCGUUCGGCCUAUACCUCCAGUCGGAAAUGGAAAAGGAAAAGGUGACGGAAGCCGAGAAGACUCAGUUCAAAGAAGUGUGCAAGGAGCGAUGGAAAAGCUUGUCAGAUAAGAAGAAAAUGCACUGGAUCAGUUUGGCAGAGGCUCAGCAGAUCGUCUACCAGAACGAGCUGAAGAACUACAAGGAGUCGCACCCGGACUACGAGGGCACCCACGGCCUAGUGCUGACCAAGCAGGAGAAACAGAUUAAAGAACGGAUUGCUGGGAAACCCACCAAGCCGCCGAACAGCGCCUACUCCCUGUUCGUGCGGGAGAUCCUGCAAUCGGAGAACGCCAAACAACUGCCGGCGAAGGAACGUUUGAACUUCGUGUCGGUGCAGUGGAAGACCUGCACCGAGGAGGACAAGCAGCGCUACAAGGAUGAACACACCCAGAUGAUGGAGCGCUACAAGUUGGACUACGACGAGUACUUGAAGUCGUUGCCGGAAGACCAGCGCGACAAGGAAUUACAGAAGACCACGCCGAAGCGGCGCAAGAUCGAAGAGCAUUCGGAGGCGCCGAAGCGGAAAAAGCGGAAGUCGGAAGAGCUGACCGCGUCGCCAGGCGAAAUGUCCAAAUUUCAAGAACCAGUACAACCUCCCAUAACUGCUUUUAAAUACUUCGCCCAAAACUACACGGGACCCUUGAAUCCCACCCAAGCUUGGAAGAAGCUAAGCUCCGCGGAGAAGGAGAAGUACGAAGAGGAGCUACUGAAGGCGAAGCACGGUUACAUUGCCGCGUUCGAGAAGUUCCUCAAGAGUCUUACGAAGGAGCAGUUGGAAGUCUUCUCGCGCACCAGGAACGAGGCCAAGCAACGGGAAGCCGCAAUGAUUAAGGAGGAAGAGGAGGCAGAAGAUGAUAGCAGCGAAGAUGAAAGCUCCGAUUCAGAGAGUGAUUCGGAGGACGACGAUGAUGAUGAUGAUGAUGAUGAUGAUGGAGAAGAAAAUGAUUGAAUACUGUUUCUUUUUUAAAAUUUCGAAAGCCAAUCAACAUAAUCACUGGAGUCUAGGUUUUGUUUUAGAUUUAGCUAAACUCGUUUUUAGAGUUUCGAGAAAUCGAAAAAUUAUUUUUGUUUUAAAGAAUGUUUUACUUUAUUUAAACUGAAAAUAUACUAAUUAGAACCGUAAUCAAUAAGUACUAGACAAAAUGUAAGUGAUUAAAGUGAACUUUGGUUUUCCAGAAAUUUUACAACUGCCUUUAAAGAAGAACAUAUAAUAUAAGAGACUUUUAAUAUAUUUUGAAACAUCUUUUGAUUAUUAUUAUUAUUUCGUGAUGGAAGUUUUAUUUUGUUAAUGUUUCUGAUAAAUAUGUUUUUAGAUA